CUCAGUGCGAAUACCUAAGCACAUCAAAAAAGACCCUUUGGGUUUUGGCCCGCCAAUUUCAAAUGAACUGAAAAAACAUAGUACUCUUGCUUCCUGUCAAACUUGUUUUUCUCCGGCGAAAUCUCCGGCGAAAGAUUUCCAGACAAUUGGAGCCAACAAGAGAAGCAUCUCUGAUAUGGCUUAUGGAGGCACAAAUGUCAAUCCAUUGGCAGCAACAGGCGGUUCAACAACAGUGAGGCAGGUGAAGCUGGAAAAAGAAUGUGAGCUCCGAAUUGAAGCCAGUGCUGACUCGCCCCUCCGUCUUCGGCUCCUGACUGGCACGGCUGAGAUUUUUGGGACUGAAAUCCCUCCUGGAAUCUGGCUCAACUUCCCUCCAAGACUUAAAUUUGCAGUUUUUACUUGGUAUGGAGCCACAAUUGAGAUGGACGGUCCCACUGAAACUGAUUAUACAGCAGAUGAGACGCCGAUGAUAAGCUAUAUAAAUGUCCAUGCUGUACUUGAUGGACGAAGAAACCGUGCCAAAGCUUCGCCUAGUGAUUCUGACACUUCUCAGGGCCCAAGAGUUAUUGUCGUGGGACCUACAGAUUCGGGCAAGAGUACUUUGUCAAGGAUGCUUCUUAGUUGGGCUGCUAAACAGGGAUGGAAACCUACUUUUGUGGAUUUGGACAUAGGUCAAGGAUCGAUAACUAUUCCAGGAUGUGUUGCUGCUACACCAAUCGAGUUGCCUAUUGAUCCAGUUGAAGGAAUUCCACUUGAGAUGCCUAUGGUCUACUUCUUUGGCCAUGUGACUCCUAGUGCCAACAUAGAUCACUACAAGGUACUCGUCAAGGAGCUAGCUCUGACUCUGGAGACACAAUUUUCUGGUAAUGCUGAAUCUCGAGCUUCAGGCAUGGUAAUAAAUACAAUGGGAUGGAUAGAGGGAGUUGGUUAUGAGUUGCUACUCCAUGCGAUUGAUACGUUCAAUGCCACAGUUAUUCUUGUCUUGGGUCAGGAAAAACUUUGCAGCAUGCUAAAAGAUGUUUUGAAGAAUCGGCCUAACGUGGAUGUGGUGAAACUUCAAAAAUCUGGUGGUGUUGUAUCAAGGAAUGCAAAAGUACGGCAGAAAGCAAGGGGCUACAGAAUACGGGAGUAUUUUUAUGGCCCGUCAAAUGAUCUCUCACCACAUUCUAAUGUGGUGAACUUCAGUGACUUGUUCAUCUACCGAAUAGGGGGUGGACCACAGGCUCCACGCUCAGCUUUACCUAUUGGUGCAGAGCCUGCUGCAGAUCCUACAAGAUUGGUUCCUGUUAUUAUCAACCUGGACUUGCUCCAUUUGGUUCUUGCUGUCUCAUAUGCCAAAGAACAAGAUCAAAUAAUAUCCAGUAAUGUUGCUGGAUUCAUCUAUGUAACCGAUAUAGACUUACACAGGAAAAAGAUAACAUACCUUGCACCUUGUGCUGGGGAACUUCCUAGCAAAAACCUAAUUGUGGGAACCUUAACAUGGAUCGAAAACUGAAGAUGUAUACGUGCAGUAGCCACUGUUUUUUUCGGGUUUUUGACCUUUGUGCUUCCCGUAGAGAGUGGGACAGCAUGGAAAUGCCACCUAAGCUUUUGGUGUUGUAGAAAUUAGUAGGCUUUUCUGCGAUGACCGUAUUAUACUACUGUACCAUAGGUGUGAACUGUGAAGCUUUAUGGAGAAAAAUCCGAUUGUACAAAUAACAUAGCUCAUCAUCUUUUAUACUGCCAGAUGAUAAUUUCAAUGGUCUUUUGGCUUCAUUGGACUUCAAACUUGGCAGAAAACAUUUUGACAUCCAUGAGUUUCUGGAGAAGCAUGAAUGUUAUUCUUGUUUUCGACAAAUACCCCCUCCCUCCCUAGUCCCUCCCUCACACACAAGAAGUGUUGUGUAACUUUCUUGAGCUGUCUUAGUAGUGAGGCCUCAAUGAUUAGUCCCUCCCUCACACACAAGAAGUGUUGUGUAACUUUCUUGAGCUGUCUUAUUAGUGAGGCCUCAAUGAUUUUGGUGACGAUGUCCAAAGUGUGACCGUGUUGGACAGAUAGAUUUCUGGUUUGUAAAUUCUGCUUGACUAAACAUAAUACUCCAGUUGCCAUAUGCUUGCAAAAAGCUUCUAGGAUGUGGUAAUGAAAUUUGAUGCUGCAAAUGAAUUGGCAACUGAGAAACAAAGGGUGCAAAGGAUGAAAUUUGUUUGAUUUUUCUUUGAAA